AUGAUCCAAUUUUUUUUACUUUGCUGUUUAAAAUUGCAAGCUUUUCAGUAACUUAUUCUCCUCUCCAGUUCAUUUGAUUCGAAUAGUUUUGUAGAUAAUCAUGGUUGGUAUAUAACAAAAGGAUUAUCAAAUAACAUAUAUUAAGAUUGCGGAACUAAUAGAAUAUUUGGUGGGAUUUCAAAUUUUGGAAAUAUGACACUAAUUUCCAAAUUUUUUACUCUUCCACCACAUUCGAUAGUUUAAGUAAAAUUGGACUUUUGGAAACUAUCCAAUUGGGCAAAUAAUGAAACAAUUAGUGUUCAUUUAGAUGGAUUAAAAGUUGUUUCGCAAGAAGUUAAUUUACUACCAACAGGAUCAAAUAUUUGUGGAGGAAAUGAUUAUGUUUUAUCCAUAGAUCAAACGAUCCUUCAUAAUUUUGAAACUUUAUAAGUAAUUGUUACAGCAAAUAUAGCGAUGUUAGGGCAGAUUCAGGUAGUUUUUGCACUUAUGUAGGGGUUUUGGGGAAUUAAGAAUUUCAGACUUUUUAUCUAGCUCUGCCCAGCUGGAUGUCAAUUAUGUUAGGACACUGAUUCAAGAUUUGAUUGUCUAUAAUGGACAUUAUAUGUCUCUUCUUUAACAGAAACAGAGCUACAAAACUUUAAUUAUGAUGGGUGGAAUGUUGAAAAUGGAGAGUAAUAAUAUUUAUCAGAGUGUUAAAUGCUUCCUAUGAUUUGUGGUCCAAGUCUUUGCGGUAUUAAUAGCGUUGUUAAGUACUAGUAAAUACUUCCACCUCAUUUUAAGUUGAAAAUACGAUUUCGAUAUUAUUAUAUUGAUAGUUGGGAUUCUGAGCAUUCUUAUUUAUAUGUUAAUGAUGAAAUGAAAUUGGAUCUAUUACUCCAAUUUGGUUCUGGUUUAAGAAAUUAUAGUCUUUGUGGGCAAACCAGAUUUAAUGAUCUUUCUGAAAUUGGAGAUGUCAAUUUAGGACACACCUAACAACUAAUUACUUUCGAGUUUAAAAAUAAUUUAGAUCAAGAUUUUAUAGAUGAAUCUUUUGGAAUUAGAGAUUUUAGGAUUUAUUUAUGUAAUAAGUUUAAAGAUGAUUUAGAUUGUUAAUUUGGAGAUUCACCUAGUUAAUAAUGUUCCUAGUUUUGCGGAGACAAAAUAGUGUAACAAACUGAAGAGUGCGAUGAUGGAAACUCAAUCCCUUUUGAUGGUUGCCACAAUUGUUAAUACAACUGUGUGGAGGGAUGUUCAAAUUGUGUAAAGGGAAUAUGUUUAUAUUGUUAUUCAGAAUGGAAUUAUUAGAUCACAACAAAGAACUGCUUAUGGAUGACUUCGGAGUAAUUAGUUUAAGCAUGUCUCAAUGAUAUAGAUUGUAUAAAUUAAGUAGAGGUCUGGCAUCAAGAAUGCUCUUUAAAUUGCAUCUAAUGUUAUUAGGCUAUAUGUCUAGAAUGUUAAGAAGGCUACAAUUUAUUGGCUGGAGAAUGUUAAGAAAUUUGCGGAAUAUCAGCUAUUUCUAUGUUUCAAUAUCCUAAUUGUUUUUGCGAUUAAAAUUGUUAAUUAUGCAAUUUCGGUAUGUGCAAACAAUGUAUUGAUACCUAUACUUUGGCGGAUGACAAAUGCUUAGUAAUUUGUGGAGAUGGUCUAGUUACAAUUGGAGUAGAAGAAUGUGAUGACAAAAAUGAUAUACCUUAUGACGGGUGUUUUUAAUGUAUCUACUAAUGUUAAGAAUCUUGUAAUACUUGUGAAAAAGGAGUAUGUAUAGAUUAGUGUAAAAAUGGCAUGCCAAAAGUUAAUGGUCAAUGCUAAUCCUAUUGCGGUAAUUAGAUUGUUGAAGAAAAUGAAUAAUGUGACGAUAAUAAUAGUAUUCAAUUCGAUGGUUGUUAUUUAUGUGAAUAUUCUUGUCCUUUGUAUUGCUCUAUUUGUGAAGAAGGAAAGUGUUAAGAAUGUAAUUUGCACUUUUAUUACGAUAAUUCAACAUUUUCUUGUUAAUCAGUAUGUGGUGAUGGCAUAUUAACAUCUGAAACUGAAUAAUGUGAUGACAGUAAUACUAAUCCGGGGGAUGGAUGUUCAAGUGUUUGUAUGAUUGAAUAAGAUUGGAUAUGUAUUCAGAAUGAAGAGUGCAUCUACUAUAAGUACCCAGAAUUAUUAACCAAUUAUGUAUCCUAAAAGAACCAAUACUAAUAUGUGCAAAUAGAAUUCACUUAAUAACUAAAAAGGUUAUCCGAUACUCAAGUGGACUACUUCAAUUUUAUCUCAGCUACAAUUAUCUCUAUGGAUUAAAGUAAGUAUAAUAUUUCUAUCAUUCCUAAAUCUAAUGCGUCUGCAACUCUUUCUUGGGUUAUUUAUGCAGUUGAAAUUUAUAUUGAUUAAGAGUUAAAUGAUCCUCCUUUUCUCAAUAUUUCAUUAUUAGAACCUCUAUAUAAUGAAUAUGACAUUAAGUUGAUAAAUCAAAUAUCAAUUUUAUAAAUCAAAAUACCUAACUAUUUAAGUAAAGAGGACAUCGAAAUUUCCUAGAAUUUAUUGGCCUAUAGUGAAAAAUCAAUCUAUUCAUUAGGAGCCCUUGCAGGCUUUUUAUUAAUUAGUGGAAAUGGAUUAGCAUUUUGGACUGCUUUAGAGAUACUUUAAGAGUAAUCUUAUUUCAAAUAUCUCAAUAUUAUAUAUCCCCAGAAUUUAAUGAUAUAUUUUGAAGCAUCAGAAAUCAUAUCCUUAAGGACAUUAUACAAUUCUUUUAAUUAUUAAGAGCUGCCCUCUUUUUAUAAGUUUCGGUAUUUCGAAUCAAAUGAAAAAUUUGGAUUUUAUUAAGUCAAUGCCAACAUAGCAGAAAAUAUCAAGAGUUUAGUUUUUAGCUUUGUUGUUCUUAUAAUCGUCUACAUCAUGUCAUACAAAGCUGAAAAAUGCUUAACAAUACUUCAAAAAAAAAGAUAUUGUGAGGAUAAUGCAUUUCUUUCAUCAUUGUACAACAAACUUAAAUUUAGAGCAUUCAAAAAUAAAUAUUCUAUAAGGAAAUAUGGACUCAACAAAUUAUUCUCUGCUAGUUGCUGGGACAUAUUUUUUAUGGUAUUUUUAUAAUUGAGUGUUAAAUAAUUCAAUCAUUUAGUAGUCAAUCAAAUGAUUGCCCUAACUACAUUGUUUGCAAGUUUAAUAUAUAUAACAUCAUUUUUUACUGGUAAAACUCUAUUUUAGAAUCCAUAACAAUAUUGGAGAGAUAAGCUUUAGCUAUGUCUUAAUCUAAAAAAGUGUUUCAUAAUGUAUUCCUUGGUUAUCUAUUAAAGCAACUAUGUAUUGCAGUUUAUUUUGAUUUGCAUACCUAAUUCACUUUAUUUACUAUCUUGGAUUUACUUAAAAACUUUUAUCAAUACUUUUGAAUAUUAUCAAACUUUGAUUUUAUAAUCCACUCUAUUAAUCUUCUUACUUACUACACCAAUUUACUGGGACUUAGAUAUAUUCAACUUUUAAUAUAGUACGAAAUUGAUUGUUGGAUGGUUUCACAUUAUCAUCUUUUUAUUCGUGAUCGUGUUUUUCCUCAUAGCAGAUACAAUACUUAGUUUGAAGCAAGUUUUAAAUUUUAUAAACAGAUCCUUACAAACAUAAUGUAACCAAGAAAAAGAAGAAAAGGAACAAUAAAAAACUGAAUUGUAAAGUAGACCAAUAAAAUUUAUAGCUUGCUUGCUAAUUUGA